GGGGCUCGUCCGCUGCGCCGAGGCCGUCGGCGAGCCAGGCAGGGGCAGGGCGGCCGCCGGCGCGGCUCUGCGCUCCCCCAACGCCCACGUAAGGAAGUGGUUGCAUUUCUCGGAGAGGAAAAGGGAAGUCGGGCUGCCUCCGAGGGCCAGCUCGCCGCUGCUGCCUCCUCGCCGCCGCCGCCGCCCGGGCUGCCGUUCGUGUCGACUGCCCAGAGUCCGCGAACCAGCCCCGCGCUGCCAGCGGCGCAGCCAUGGCCUACCACAGCUUCCUGCUGGAGCCCAUCAGCUGCCACGCCUGGAACAAGGACCGGACCCAGAUCGCCCUGUGCCCCAACAACCACGAGGUGCACAUCUACCGCAGGGACGGCGCCAAGUGGAGCAAAGCCCACGAGCUGAAGGAGCACAACGGGCAGGUGACCGGCAUCGACUGGGCCCCCGAGAGCAACCGGCUGGUGACGUGCGGGACCGACCGCAACGCCUACGUCUGGACGCUGAAGGGCAACGUCUGGAAGCCCACCCUGGUCAUCCUGCGCAUCAACCGGGCCGCCCGCUGCGUCAAGUGGUCCCCCAAGGAGAACAAGUUCGCCGUGGGCAGCGGCUCCCGCCUCAUCUCCAUCUGCUACUUUGAGCAGGAGAACGACUGGUGGGUCUGCAAGCACAUCAAGAAGCCGAUCCGCUCGACGGUGCUCAGCCUCGACUGGCACCCCAACAACGUGCUGCUGGCCGCCGGCUCCUGCGACUUCAAGUGCCGGAUCUUCUCGGCUUACAUCAAGGAGGUGGAGGAGCGGCCCAGCCCCACGCCGUGGGGCUCCAAGAUGCCCUUCGGGGAGCUGAUGUUCGAGUCGAGCAGCAGCUGCGGCUGGGUGCACAGCAUCUGCUUCUCGGCCAGCGGCGCCCGCGUGGCCUGGGUGAGCCACGACAGCACCGUCUGCCUCGCCGACGCCAACAGGAGGAUGGCCGUCGCCUCCCUGUGCACGGAGACCCUUCCCCUCCUGGCCGUCACCUUCAUCACCGAAAACAGCCUGGUGGCCGCGGGCCACGACUGCUACCCGAUGCUCUUCACCUACGAGGAGAGCCAGGGCGCGCUGGUCUUCGGGGGGAAGCUGGACGUCCCCAAGCAGAGCUCCCAGCGCGGCCUCACCGCCCGCGAGCGCUUCCAGAACCUGGACAAGAAAGCCAGCUCGGACACGGCCAAUGCCGCUCCGGACACGCUGCACAAGAACAGCAUCAGCCAGAUCUCGGUGCUGGCGGGGGGGAAGGCCAAGUGCUCGCAGUUCUGCACCACAGGGAUGGACGGCGGCAUGAGCAUCUGGGAUGUCAAGAGCCUGGAGUCCGCGCUGAAGGAUCUCAAGAUCAAGUGAAGGAGGCAGCUCGGGAAGGGCGUCCCAGCACUGCCAGCCUCCCUCUCCCAGGCCGAUCCUGCUUGCUUUCUCCUGCGAGACCCUGCGCUGCUCGAAGCCGGCUUUGCCACCCGCCAGCGUGCCGCCCCUGCUGCAGUCAGCGCAGGGCGUCCAGGGGCAGCACCUGGCACCAGAGGCAAUGCCAACACAAAGGCAAAAAAAUAUUUUUUAACUAUUUUUGUUACCAUCCCACCUGAUGCUGGUCAUACGUUGCUUAAAGAAAUCAAAAAUAAAAUAGGGAUUUUUCCCCAUGUAAA